UGUUUAGACGGAGUGGGACUUUUAUUUUGUGUGUUUCUGUCACGUUGUGUUUACAGUCUGCACUGUUUCCGACUUCACGCUACCUAAACAAACUUCAGCAUGUUUGCACGUCAAAUGUAUCUGCACUGAAGAAACCACUGUCCUGCCAUGUCGAGCGGCUUUAAGCCAGAUAUACUGUGGUCUCCCCAUCACGCAGACCACUAUGUGAUCUGCGACACUGAACUCAGUCUGUAUCGGAUUGGACCCGCAGGAAGCUCCGAGACCAAAGCCGGGGCCCUUCCGCUAUCCGAGGACACGGCGGCCACGCUGCUGGCCAUCAACUCCGACACCCCGUAUAUGAAAUGUGUGGCCUGGUAUCCCAAACAAGAGCCGGAGUGUUUGCUGGCUGUGGGACAGGCCAACGGUCGAGUCGUCCUGACCAGUCUGGGACAGAGCCACAACUCCAAGUGUAAGGAGCUGGUGGGUAAAGAGUUUGUACCCAAGCACGCCCGACAAUGCAACACACUCGCGUGGAACCCCGUGGACAGUAACUGGCUGGCGGCUGGUUUGGACAAACAUCGGGCUGAUUUUUCCGUUCUCAUAUGGGACAUAAGUAGUAAGUUUUCUCCCGAAGCGGUUCCUGCUGAGAAGGUUCGUCUGUCUGGAGAUGUGGACUCUGGGUUGGUGGUGACCAAACCGCUGUACGAGCUUGGACAGAACGAUGCAUGUCUUUCUAUUUGUUGGCUCCCUCGUGAUCAUCAAAAGUUACUCCUGGCCGGGAUGCACCGAAAUCUGGCCAUCUUUGACCUACGCAACACCAGCCAGAAGACGUUUGUGAACACCAAAGCCAUCCAGGGCGUAACGGUGGAUCCUCACUUUCAAGAUCGCGUUGCGUCCUUCUUCGAAGGGCAGGUGGCCAUCUGGGAUUUGCGCAAAUUCGAAAAACCAGUCUUUACUUUGACCGAGCAGCCCAAACCUUUGACCAAAGUGGCAUGGUGUCCCACUCGCAUGGGCCUGCUGGCCACGCUCACGCGGGACAGCAACAUCAUCCGGCUGUACGACAUGCAGCACACGCCCAUGCCGUUCGGCGACGAGGUGGAGCCCACCAUCAUUGAGCGCAGCGUCCAGCCCUGCAGCGAGAGUAUCAUCAGCAGCUUCGCCUGGCAUCCGUCCGCCCAGAACCGCAUGGUGGUGGUGUCGCCCAACCGGGUCAUGAACGACUUCACUGUGUUCGAGCGCAUAUCACUGGCCUGGAGCUCCACCACGGCACUGAUGUGGGCGUGCGGGCGGCACCUGUACGAGUGCGCCGAGGACACCGGUCAGGGGGCGGCCGCUGCUGAGAAAGACAUCGCCACUAAGAUGAGGGAGCGAGCGCAGUCGCGUUACGGCCACGACACCGUGCAGGUGUGGAGGAACCACGUGCUGGCCGGAGGAGACGACCCACAGCUGAGGUCACUCUGGUACACGCUCCAUUUUAUGAAAGAGUACACUGAAAAUGUGGAGCAGAAGCAACAGAGCAAUAAACAGUCGCUCAUCUACUCAGGCAUCAAAAACAUUGUCAAGUCCAGCUCUGGUACUACAGAGACACGGCGCUGCUGGUCGGGUUCAGACAGGCAGACCGAUGUACCGUGGUACCACAGCGAGGAGCGCAGUCUGGCCCUGCAGCUGUGUGGCUGGAUCAGUCGAGGGCCUGACAUCGAUGUGGAGCCCUUCCUGAAGUCUCUGGAGCAGGAAGGCGAGUGGGAGAGAGCCGCUGCUGUCGCCCUCUUUAACCUGGACAUCCGACGGGCCAUUCAGAUUCUUAACAAAGGAGCUUCGGCAGAGAAAGGUGAUCUGAACCUGAACGUGGUGGCCAUGGCUCUGUCGGGCUACACUGAUGAGAAAAACUCCCUGUGGAGAGAGAUGUGCAGCUCUCUCAGACUCCAGCUGAAGAAGCCGUACCUGUGUAUCAUGUUUGCCUUCCUCACCAGUGAACCUGGCGCCUAUGAUGCCGUCUUGUAUGAGAGUCGUGUGGCUGUCAGAGACAGGGUGGCAUUUGCAUGUAUGUUUCUAAACGAUGCUCAGUUGCCUCGUUACAUAGACAAGCUGACCAAUGAGAUGAAGGAGGCUGGUAAUCUGGAGGGCAUCCUGCUGACAGGACUGACGAAAGAUGGAGUGGAUCUCAUGGAGAGUUAUGUAGACCGAACCGGAGACGUGCAGACGGCCAGUUUCUGCAUGCUCAAAGGCUCCCCAGGAGAGGUGCUGAAGGACCCUCGGGUGCAGUGCUGGAUCGAGAACUAUCGCAACCUGUUGGACGCCUGGAGGUUUUGGCAUAAACGGGCUGAAUUUGACAUUCAUAGGAGCAAAUUGGAUCCCAGCUCAAAGCCACUUGCACAGGUGUUUGUGAGCUGUAACUUCUGUGGAAAGUCUAUAUCAUACAGCUGCUCAGCGAUGCCUCAUCAGGGCCGUGGAUUCAGUCAGUACGGGGUCAGCGGUUCACCCACCAAGUCAAAGGUCACCAGUUGCCCUGGCUGUCGUAAACCACUUCCACGCUGUGCCCUCUGCUUAAUGAACAUGGGCACCCCUGUGUCCAGCUGCCCAGGCACAGGAAAAGCAGAUGAGAAAGCUGAUCUCACACGAGACAAAAAACUCGCACAGUUCAAUAACUGGUUCACCUGGUGCCACAACUGCCGGCACGGUGGUCACGCGGGUCACAUGCUCAGCUGGUUUAGAGAUCACAGUGAGUGUCCUGUUUCGGCCUGCACCUGUAAAUGCAUGCAGCUGGACACCACAGGCAACCUGGUGCCUUCUGAUAGUGUAUGAAGGCCUUUCUGACUUAAAUCUCCCACAUUACUAGAAACCAGCUACCAACAUUAGUACUGUAAGUGAUGAUGGCAGAGUUCUCACAGUUUCAGAAGUUAAAGACGAGCAUAUGUGUCUUUUCUGAAGUGAUCUGCACACCUCAUUGGUGUUGAAGUUGACGACAGGUGCUCUAUUGUCACAGGAACUUAGAUUGUUAGGAUUAUGUUACCCAUGAUUAACUCACCCACCCACGGGCAGUUGUUUUCUCAGACGUCUGACCUUCUCGAGAGAGAAUCCAUGUGAAUAUCUGACCUAUGCAUUUGUGAUCCAGUAGCAGGAGUUUCUAUGAAUAAAACUAUUUCACUACCAACUUUAGAGACAGGGAAAGAGAUACCACGAUAAUUUACCCUGAGGAGUUUGAAUGCAUGUCAGGAAUGUUUUGUUUAUAUCUUAGAAAGUGCUUUCACACGGUCCAUAACUACUUCCACUACUUGCCUUUGAGUUUAGGGAUUUAUAUUGUUUUAUUAUUCUGUAUUUAUUGCAUAUUACUCCAUACCACACUGAACCUCAGUCAGCUGUUGAAAAUUUGAUUUGUCAGAGAUCUACAAUACAGGUCAAAUGAUCUUCACUGGAAAGGUGUCUAUUCAGUUUGUUUUAAAAAUUGCUUUUAACAAAUAACACAAAGUGAUUUUCGUUGUUUGAGAUGUGUAGGUUUAACAUUAGUUCUGGCUAAGUGUUGCAUUUUUGGAUCCAAAGGUAAUGCUAUUUUGUAAUGCUUGCCGUAAUUUAUUGCACAAUCAAUGCAACAAUUUAACAUCCUAACUAUUUAAAUGAUUGUGUCUUUAUUUUUUUGAAAAGCAAAAAGAACUUACAUCGAUGACUAAUGUUAUUAAAAAAAUUUUGAAGGAGUUUUGAAUGCAGUGUUUUCU